AUGGCUGACUUGGUGUUUCUUAUAGCGCUUUAUUCAUCGCUCAACCUUUUCUUAGCCUUCCUCACACCCAAAUUCGAUCCUUCUAUCGAAGAAGAUGAGCAGAUGGACAAUAUCGAAGGCGGAGCUGAGGAUUCUCAUUCAAACUCGUACGGCGGCGGCGGUGGUUACGGUCUUGGCGCAGGUGGUGUUAUGGAUCAAGACGAGGAGUUCAGACCUUUCAUACGUCGUCUUCCUGAGUUCAAAUUUUGGUACUCUGCCACACGCGCCAUAGUAGUAUCACUUCUCUGCACCACUACCCAAGCAACUGAUAUCCCUGUAUACUGGCCAAUCCUCCUUCUUUACUUCUUUAUCCUCUUUUCUCUCACCAUGAGGAGACAGAUUGAGUGGGUGACGAGUUUGGCAGUACAAACAUUUACUCACAGCACCUCCACAGACACAUGA